AUGAUAGUAUUAAGCUAUAAUGUGAGGGGGCUUGGUAGUAGUGUUAAGCUGAGAGCAUUAAGGGAAUUGGUUCUGAAAGAGAAGGUGGACAUGUUACUUCUCCAAGAGACUAAGUUGGAAGAGGUUAACCAGAGAAUCUGUAAUGCUAUAUGGGGCAGUGAUGAAUGUAGUUGGUGCUAUAAAGCUUCAGAGGGUAGAUCUGGUGGAAUUUUAUGUAUUUGGCAGAUUGGUAAAUUUAAUAUUCUUGAUAGUUGCGUGGGCAGUGGCUUUGUGGCAAUGAGGGGAAAGAUUAUUGAACAAGAUUUGGAGUGUGGAGUGGUGAAUGUUUAUGCUCCAUGCAAUGCUACUGAUAAGAGAAGACUGUGGAUGGAAAUUAAUCAAUGGGCUGAUCGCACUAACUCCUCUUGUUUAUGUGUUGCAGGGGAUUUCAAUGCUAUAAGGAAUUCAGAGGAGAGACAAGGAUCUGCAAAUGGAGUGUCUCAAUGUAGACGAGAGAUGGAUGAUUUUAACCAGUUUAUUUAUGAUUUGCAGUUGGUUGAGCCUCCUUUGGUAGGAAAAAGAUUUACCUGGUACAGAUCUGGUGGACAAGCAUCCAGUAGACUCGACUGA